AUCCAGAGACCAUUGAAGAAUUUAAGUCAUGUUGGAAGUUGUUACUCGAAAAAUUUGGCUUGAGUGAGAAUGUUUGGCUAAAAAGCUUGUAUGAAAUACGUGAAAAAUGGGCACAAGUAUAUGGCCGAUCCAACUUUUGUGCAGGCAUGACAACAACACAGAGAAGUGAAAGCAUAAAUAAGUUUCUGAAAAGGUUCUUUUCUAGAAACCUUUAUCUUCGUCAGUGGGUCAAACAAUAUGAACUAGCACUAGAUGAUCGAAGAGAAAAAGAGAGGCUUGCAGAGGUUGCAACGUCACAAACAAAGCGCAUCUUUUUAUCAAAUUGGAAAAUGGAGGUCGAAGCAGCAAAGAAGUACACAAAAAACAUUUUUUAUCACUUUCAGGGUGAGUAUAAAAAAUGUUUAGAUCUGAAAUUGGAGUUAGAAAGUGAUGAUGGCAUAAUACAAAGAUAUAUAGUUGAAAGACCGGGCAAUCCAUUUUUGAGAAGGUCAGUAACAUAUUGCCCUUCAAAUCAGUCGAUUGUUUGUAGUUGCAACAGAUUUGAAUUUGAAGGGAUUCUUUGUUCACAUGCACUGAAACUACUUCGUGAGUUAGCUGUGCCUUCAUUACCAUCUAGAUAUUACCUAAAGAGAUGGAAACAUGAUGCUAGACAUGUCUGA